AUGAAUCAUUCCGCCCGGCAUGCGUUGUCUUCCGACAACAAUGGAGCUAUCGGACGCAGAAAAGUUGGUGUUGAGGCCGACAAUCGGGAGGGUUACCAUUGGCGACCGUGGGAGAUGAAAUCUAAGAAUGAGACAAGUCAAGCCCAGACUGCAUUCGAGGGCGAGCCCAAAAAGUCCACACAAAAUAGCAUUAUUGCACUGAAAUGUGUAUCCGAAUCCUUAGCAAAUUCUGUUAACCGACAGGUUGCUUGGAAUGAGAUGACUCGGCAUGACCUGGAAGAUGCCCUGAGCCGGCUCGCCACCAUGGAGACUCGAAUGAAAGAUUCGAUGGUCCGGAAAAAGUCUGCAAGGUCGAGAAUAGAUUAG